UCCUCCGACCUCCAUCCAGCUUUUCUGCAAGCGCGCGCCGCCCCUCACCGCCGGCUUCUGCCCCUCCGCCGCCGCCGCCGCCGCCCCCGCAGUUACAGAAGCUCGCCUCGCCGGAGACCAUGUACCGCGCCGCGGGGAGCCACCUCCGCUCCCUCAAGCAUCACAGUGCUACCAGGCUUGCUAGUACAAGUGUUGUAAAGCAGUCCCAAGGUGGUCUGUUCGGCUGGCUUCUUGGGGGAAAAUCAAGCCAACUUCCUCCCCUUGAUGUUCCACUACCAGGCAUUACUAUUCCCCCACCUCUACCAGACUUUGUAGAACCAUCUAAGACAAAAAUCACUACUCUUCCAAAUGGCGUCAAGAUUGCCUCGGAAACCUCACCGAGCCCAGCAGUAUCGGUGGGUCUGUACAUUGACUGUGGUUCCAUUUAUGAAACACCUGCUUCAUCUGGAGUGUCACAUCUAUUGGAGAGAAUGGCCUUCAAGAGCACAGUAAAUCGGAGUCACUUGCGGCUAGUUCGUGAGGUAGAAGCCAUUGGAGGAAAUGUCUCCGCAUCGGCUUCCCGUGAGCAAAUGAGCUAUACCUAUGAUGCAUUGAAGGCCUAUACACCAGAAAUGGUUGAAGUUCUCAUUGACAGUGUGAGGAAUCCAGCAUUUCUCGAAUGGGAGGUCAAAGAGCAGCUCCAGAAGAUAAAAUCUGAAAUAGCUGAAGUGUCUGCUAAUCCUCAAGGUCUGCUUCUGGAGGCACUUCAUUCAGCUGGAUAUUCUGGGGCACUUGCAAAACCUUUGAUGGCUUCAGAAUCUGCCGUAAACCAGUUGGAUGUUAGCAUCUUGGAGGAAUUUGUAGAUGAACACUACACUGCUCCCAGGAUGGUUCUUGCAGCAUCAGGAGUUGAGCAUGAUACUUUGGUUUCAGUUGUAGAACCACUUCUAUCUGACCUUCCCAGUGUGAAAUGUCUGGAAGAGCCAAAAUCAGUGUAUGUUGGAGGGGACUAUCGUUGUCAAGCAGAUUCUCCAAGCACACACAUUGCACUUGCUUUUGAGGUGCCUGGUGGCUGGAAUCAAGAGAAAACUGCAAUGGUUGUGACAGUACUUCAGAUGCUCAUGGGAGGAGGAGGGUCCUUCUCUGCUGGUGGGCCUGGAAAGGGAAUGCAUUCUCGAUUGUAUCUCCGUAUCUUGAGCAACUACCAACAGAUCGAAUCAUUCUCUGCUUUCAACAGCGUCUAUAACAAUUCGGGUCUUUUUGGAAUUUAUGCAGUCACUAGCCCAGACUUUUCGUCAAAGGCUGUGGAUUUGGCAGCAGGUGAACUCCUUGAGAUUGCAACUCCUGGAAAAGUUUCACAAGAACAGCUUGAUCGUGCUAAAGAGGCAACCAAAUCUGCCGUUCUGAUGAACUUGGAAUCAAGGUCCAUAGCAUCUGAAGAUAUUGGAAGGCAGGUUCUGACUUACGGGGAAAGGAAACCCAUUGAAUAUUUCCUGAAAACUGUCGAAGAGAUCACUUUGAAUGACAUUUCGUCAACUGCAAAGAAGAUGAUGUCUUCACCACUUACAAUGGCAUCAUGGGGUGAUGUUAUUCAUGUUCCUAGCUACGAGUCUGUCAGCCGCAAGUUUCUCUCAAAGUGAGCACUGGGCAGUAGGCUUGCAUGACCUGUUCCAACAUUUGAAGGUGAAGCCUGCAGCAGCCCUCAGCUGGAAUAACUUGCCAAUGUUUAAUGGAUAGUUACUGAAAUAGAAUAAUAAUCAUGCAGUUUCAAGUGCCCCUUCUCUGCACUCAUACGCUCAUCAUGUUUUUGAUGAAAAUCUGCAAGUUCCUUCGCAGCUCUUUCCCGAGUAUCCCUGCUGCACUAGGUUUGAUAUGGAUAAAUGAGCUUUCUGGCCAGAAAGACGUACCUAUCAUCCUGCCUUGGUUGGAUUUAUGGCGUACAUCUUUUGCUAUUUUGGCUGUAACAUUUGCUAUUGUUUAUCAUGUUUGUUGGUGUGAAACCACAAUCCCUAACCAUAGGAUUAUCUAUUCACUGUA